GGGGCUCUUGCAACAGGAGCGCAGCAGCCACCGGACCAGGUGUGACGCCUGAGCGCUGAACCUCGCUGGGCUGCAGCACGCGGCUUCCUUCCAAGCAAAUGCCCUCCUGGCUGGAAGGAAAAGCUGGAGUUGGUGGGGCCUUCCUGCCAGGGAGAGGCGCGCCGCCUUGCAGCCGUCCUCCUGGGGAGCCACCGGCUCCUUCCCUGGGCUAAACCAAGGCAGGUACUGCCGGUGCCUUAAAAUGACUACCUCCUGAGUUUGAUGACUCCGUGCAGAUAAGAGGAAAGCUGUAAGGAGAAAGUCACCCCUGAAAGAACGAAAUGUCCCGCUGCAUCACUUGGUGCUCUGUUUGCAUGGUGGCAGUGAUAUUCUGUUCUACGCUGGAGCCGUCACAGAGUCAAGGUUGUUCCACAGAGAAGACAGAGAAUGCCACCAUUGACCUCAAAGUGGCCCUUUCCAAAGGUAUCCGGGGGGCCGAUCCAGUUCAUGUUGCAUCUUGGGAAGCGUGCAUCAACACUUGCUGUUUUGGGCAUAGAAUAUCAGGCAACAAAGAGUGCAACUUAGUUGUCUUUAAGCCUCACAAGAGAGGCGGCUCCCCCAAUUGCUACCUGUUCCACUGCCCCACAGAGGGAGCCUGUCCACUGAAGCAAGCAGAAGGUCUGGUGACCUACAGAACAAUAAAAGAUCCAGUAGUUCCAAAACCAACUUCUUCCCUAAACAAGACCCUGGGUUUAAUUGUGAAUGGGAGCUUUGCAUCGCCGAAAGCUGUUGUGAUUGACACUCCAACAACAUCUCCAAAGUGGCCAGGUCCUUCUCCAAAAUCUCCUGCCUCAAAGAUGAUGAAAGUAGUCUUGGGCCAGACAGAGAAACCUGUAGACAAGAUUCACAGGCACUCACACCACCCAGGAGGUGAAGGGGCAAAGCCUUCAGAAAAUGUAGAUUCUCUGCUGAAACAUCCAACCAUUAAUUCAGUGACCCCAACCAAGACUCCUCAGAACCUACUUCCCAACAUACAAUCCACUGUUAAACUACCUGCUGUUACGCCUUCCAACCAGACAAGGUCUGUGGCCACGGUUUCUCCUAGUAAUGCAACAGCCACUAGACAUGCUGCAUCUGACUAUGGGAAUACAUAUGUGGCAACUGUGAGUCCGAGAGGAGGCAGCCCUGCUCUCCAGCCGACAGCCACUCCCCAGGUGAAAGCCAGCAGCCUCAGCCCUUCGCCUCCCACCCUGUCUAAGGUUUCCUCAGCUACUUUGCACAAGGCCCGUCUCAGUCAUGGGCAACUGAGUAGGCACAGUGACCCGCUUAACAGAGCUCCGGGGGAGAAGCACGACCCCUACUUGGGCGAGAGAAGUGUCCUCGUCGCUGUGUUGCUUUUUGGAGUGAUAUUUUUGCUCUUGGCUCAAGUGGUGAUAGGCCGGAAAUUGCUGGAAUCUCUUCGGCACAGGCGUUACUCUAGGCUGGACUACUUGAUCAACGGCAUGUAUGCCAACGUAUGAUGGGCGAGGAGUGUGAAGAGCCACUGUGUGGCGCUAGCGAGGCAUCUUGUAGUCUAAACAGAACAAAUGAAGGACAGACGUUAUGUUAGUAGAGAUGUUCUCUCUUUUGUGGUAAAAUCGAGUUUUAUUAGAAACAGAGCUGCUAUUGAGAACGGUGGCCCUGGGUAGUGCUCCAACUCACCUUGUGGUCCUGAGGUCACUGCAGUAGGCAUUCUCCUUAACUCUGGCCAAUAUCUCUGGCUCCUGGUAGCAGAGGCAGGAAUUAAGCAGCAUCAGGACAUGUCGUAAGAGGUGUUCUAGAUGGGGCUGGAGGAAGUUGUUCCUUGCAGAGUUUAAUGCUCUCCUAAGAGCUUCAGGGUUUCUACUACAUUUUUUUACUUGGAAGCGAUUUCACUGUAAUUUGCUGUGCUAAGAAAAAUCUUAAAAUAA